AUGCGCGUGCCAUGCUGCUCGUUAUGCAACGUCAGAUAUGACGAGGAGGAGCGGACGCCGCUGCUCCUCCACUGCGGCCAUGGAUUCUGCCGCGCGUGCCUCUCCCGCAUGCUAGCGGCAGCCCCCGGAGCCACGCUGGCGUGCCCGCGAUGUCGCCAUCCGACCGCCGUAGGCAACUCGGUCUCUGCGCUGCGGAAGAACUUCCCCAUUCUCUCGCUCCUCUCCGCAUCCCCCUCUUCCCCGUCUUUCCUCCACUCCGACUCGGGGUCAUCCUCCGACGGCUCCGAAGAUGAGGACGACUUCUUCGCGCGCCCCAGUCGCCGCCCCGCGCCCGCGCCCGCCGCCGCGCCGCCGGGAUGCAGCUCCUUCGACCUCGCCUCGCACCCGGACCUCAAGCUCGCCCGCCGCAUCGGGAGUGGCCCGCCCGGGCCCGCCAGGCAGGAGGUGUGGGCCGGCACGCUGUCUCGUGGCGGUGGCGGCGGCGGGGUCAAGCGGUGCAAGCACCAGGUGGCAGUGAAGAGGGUGCCCCUGGCCGCAGGGGACGGGCUCGAGGUUGUUCAAGAGGAGGUGGAGCGGCUGAGGCGCGCCUCCACAUGGUGUCGGAACGUGUGCACAUUCCAUGGUGCUGUGAGGGUCGGUGGCCACCUCUGUUUCGUGAUGGAUCGCUAUGUCGGGUCUGUGCAGGCGGAGAUGCGGCAGAAUGGUGGACGCCUCACGCUGGAGCAGAUUCUCAGGUAUGGAGCAGAUAUUGCUCGUGGAGUAGCAGAACUCCAUGCAACGGGUAUUGUUUGUAUGAGCAUAAAGCCGUCAAACAUUCUUUUGGAUGCACAUGGACAUGCAGUCGUUUCGGAUUACGGUCUUUCUGCAAUUCUGAAGAACCUUACUAGUAGGAGAGUACCUGAUGACUCCAGUGCUGGCAUUGAUGCUACACUGCUUAGCCCCAAUUAUACAGCUCCUGAGGCAUGGGGACCACUAAAGAAGUCACUGAAUAUGUUUUGGGAUUCUGCAAAUGGUAUAUCACCAGAGUCAGAUGCAUGGAGUUUUGGUUGCACGCUUGUGGAAAUGUGUACUGGUGCUGUUCCAUGGGCUGGACUGAGUGCAGAGGAAAUCUGUAAGUCUGUUGUAAAAGAAAAGAAGCCACCGCCUCAAUAUUCAGGAGUAGUAGGUGUAGGACUUCCUGGGGACCUGUGGAAGAUGAUUGGUGAAUGUUUGCAAUUCCGAGCUUCAAGAAGACCAUCCUUCCAGGACAUGCUGAAAACUUUUCUUCGGCAUCUUCUGGACAUACCACGGAGCCCACCUGCUAGUCCCGAGAAUGAUUUCGCAAAUGAAAACUUGCCCAAUGGCAUGGAACCUCCAACAACCUCCAUCCUAGAGAUGGUUCAUGAUAAUCCAAAUGCCUUGCAUCAUCUUGUAUGCGAAGGAGAUGCUGCUGCUGUUAGGGAUCUACUUGCAAAGGCUGCAUCAGAGAGAAAUGGUAGUUUAAUCCGUUCUCUCUUAGAAGCACAAAAUACAGAUGGGCUCACUGCCUUACAUUUAGCAUGCCGCCGAGGCUCAGGAGAGCUUGUGGAAGCUAUUGUGGCUUACCAAGAGAAUGUAGAUAUAUUAGAUAAGGAUGAAGACCCUCCUAUAGUAUUUGCUUUGGCUGCUGGCUCUCCACGAUGUGUUCGUGCACUUGUAGGCAGGUCUGCCAGUAUCAAUUCUAGGCUUAGAGAAGGCCUGGGUCCUACUCUUGCCCAUGUCUGUGCUCAUCAUGGUCAACCGGAGUGCAUGCAAGAGUUGCUGAUGGCUGGAGCUGAUCCUAAUGCAGUAGAUGGGGAAGGUGAAUCUGUCCUGCAUAUUGCUGUGGCCAGGAGAUAUACUGAUUGUGCUAUUGUUAUACUGGAAAAUGGAGGCUGCAGAUCGAUGGGCAUACCAAAUUCUCAACAUAAAACGCCAUUGCAUUUAUGUAUUGAGACAUGGAACACGGCUGUGGUAAGAAGAUGGGUUGAAGUUGCAUCUUUAGAGGAUAUAGCAGAAGCGAUUGAUGUACCCAGCCCUGUUGGUACCGCUUUAUGCAUGGCAGCAGCUCUUAAAAAGGAGCACGAGAAAGAGGGUCGAGAGUUAGUAAGAAUAUUGCUUGCUGCUGGUGCUGAUCCUACAGCACAAGAUGAUCCACACUGUAGAACUGCAUUACAUACUGCAGCAAUGAUCGAUGACGUGGAGCUGGUUAAGAUUAUACUGGAAGCAGGAGUCGAUGUUAAUAUAAGAAAUGCUCAAAAUACAACCCCACUCCAUGUUGCACUUAAUAGAGGUGCAAACUCAUGUGUUGGCUUGCUUUUAGCAGCUGGUGCAAACUGCAACAUACAGGAUGAUGAUGGUGACAAUGCUUUUCACAUAGCUGCUGACGCUGCAAAAAUGAUACGUGAAAACCUGACUUGGAUUGCUCAAAUGCUACUACAGCCGUCACCUGCUGUUGAUGUGAGAAACCACCGAGGUUGGACACUACGAGACUUUCUUGAGAGGCUUCCACGAGAAUGGAUUUAUGAAGAAUUGAUGGAAACACUUGAAGAUAAAGGAGUUCAUCUCUCACCAACCAUAUAUGAGGUUGCGGAUUGGGUGAAAUUUAGAAGAACUGUUACUUCACCUGCUUUUGGCUGGCAAGGUGCAGGACCUAGAAGCAUUGGUUUUGUCCAGUCUGUUGUAGACAAUGACCACCUUGCUGUGUCAUUUUGUACUGGAGAAGCCCAUGUUUUGACAAGUGAAGUUAUCAAAGUUAUUCCAUUAAAUAGGGGCCAACAUGUGCAACUCAAGCCUGAUGUUUUGGAACCAAGAUUUGGAUGGCGCGGUCAAUCGCGGGAUAGCAUUGGGACAGUUCUCUGUGUUGAUGACGAUGGAAUCUUGAGGGUUGGUUUCCCAGGAGCUUCUAGGGGAUGGAGAGCUGAUCCUGCUGAAAUUGAAAGGGUUGAAGAAUAUAAGGUCGGUAACUGGGUUCGGAUUCGUCCCUCACUGACGGUUGCUGUACAUGGCAUGGAGUCUAUUACUCCUGGAAGUGUUGGGAUUGUAUACUCCAUCAGACCAGAUAGCAGUCUUCUAUUGGGCCUUUGCUAUUUGUCCCAUCCAUGGCUGUGUGAACCAGAGGAGGUUGAACAUGUUGACCCAUUCAAGAUUGGGGACCAAGUAUGUGUAAAGAGGUCUGUUGCAGAGCCCAGAUAUGCAUGGGGUGGUGAGACUCAUCACAGUGUUGGGAAAAUAAUUGACAUCGAGAGUGAUGGUCUGCUCAUCAUUGAUAUUCCUAAUCGGGCUGCACCAUGGCAGGCAGAUCCAUCGGACAUGGAAAAGAUUGAGAACUUCAAGGUUGGUGAUUGGAUUAGAGUCAAAGCAACAGUUCCUUCACCCAAAUAUGGAUGGGAGGAUGUGACUCGCAAUAGUAUUGGGAUAGUUCAUAGUCUACAAGAUGAUGGGGAUGUUGGUGUUGCUUUCUGCUUCAGAAGCAAGCUUUUUCUUUGCUCAGUUGCAGAUGUCGAGAAGGCACAGCCAUUUGAAGUAGGGGAAAAGGUUCAUGUGUCACCUUCUAUAUCUGAGCCACGCCUUGGAUGGUUAAAUGAAACUGCAGCUACUAUUGGAGCCAUAUCAAGGAUUGAUAUGAAUGGAACUUUAAAUAUCAAGGUUUCUGGCCGAAAAAGCUUGUGGAAGGUUGCUCCUGGUGACGCUGAGAGGCUUUCAGCCUUUGAGGUUGGAGAUUGGGUCCGCCUGAAACCAAGUAUUGGGAGCAGGCCUACUUAUGACUGGAAUAGUGUUGGGAGAAUAAGCAUUGCAGUAGUCCAUAGCAUUCAGGACUCUGGUUACUUGGAGUUAGCUGGUUGUUUCAGGAAUGGGAAAUGGUUAACCCAUAACACAGACAUUGAGAAAGUGCAGACCUUAAAAAUUGGUCAGCAUGUUCGGUUCCGUGCUGGAAUUUCAGAGCCUAGAUGGGGAUGGAGAGAUGCGAACCCUGAUUCUAGAGGCAUCAUCGCUGGUGUACAUGCUGAUGGAGAAGUAAGGGUUGCCUUCUUCGGUGUUCCCGGAUUGUGGAGAGGCGAUCCUGCAGAUCUUGAAAUUGAGAAUAUCUUUGAGGUUGAAGAGUGGGUUAGGCUGAGGAACGAUGUGGAGCAAUGGAAAUCGCUCAAGCCUGGUAGCAUUGGUGUGGUGCAUGGGGUGGGGUAUCAAGGUGAUGCUUGGGAUGGAACCAUUCAUGUCGCUUUUUGUGGUGAGCAGGAAAGGUGGAUUGGGCCUUCUAGCCAGCUUGAAGGAGUUAGCAAGUUUGUUGUUGGGCAGCGUGUUCGAAUUAGAGGCUGUAUCCGCCAGCCAAGAUUUGGUUGGUCUAAUCAUAGUCAUUCAAGUAUAGGGACAAUCUCAUCUAUUGACGCAGAUGGGAAACUGAGGAUUCAUACACCAGCUGGUGCCAGGGCUUGGUUGAUAGACCCCGCAGAGGUGGAAAAAGUGGAGGAGGAGGAGGAAGUCUGUGUUGGGGAUUGGGUGAAGGUUAAGGACUCCGUUGGAACCCCAGUGUAUCAAUGGGGUGAUGUGAACCACAACAGCAUAGGGGUGGUCCACCGGGCUGAUGAUGGAGAGCUCUGGAUUGCUUUCUGCUUCUGUGAGAGACUAUGGUUGUGCAAAGCAUGGGAGGUGGAAAAGGUGAGGCCCUUCAGACAAGGUGACAAAGUACGGAUACGACCUGGUCUUGUAUCCCCCAGAUGGGGUUGGGGGAUGGAGACCUACGCGAGCAAAGGCGAGGUUGUAGGUGUGGAUGCAGAUGGAAAGCUGAGGAUAAAGUUUCGGUGGAGGGAUAGACUUUGGAUUGGGGAUCCUGCCGAUAUUGUUCUUGAUGAUGCCCACUUAUUGACAGAGGCUUCUAAUGGCUUUUGA